GUCAUCAGAUGUGUGUUUGGAUGCUGAGUGCUAUAUUGAUUUUUGGGGGCUGAUUCAAGUGAUUUGGACAUGUGUUUUUUUUUGCGGUAUUUCAUUCUAAUUCUUCGGGGCCACUUGGGAUCAGAGACACGUGUUUUUUUCUGCCACCGGCUUCGUUGUUCCAGUUCUUCAGACACAUUUGGUGCUUGGUGGUGCAGACCAGACAGUGCAUGACACAACAUACUCAUCCACGCUCGCGGAAUAGCAUCAGAUAUCUAAUCCAAAGGCCCAUGCUCGGGCGGCAAAGAACACCAUGCAAAAAUUGCUCCUGAGACAUAUAUACGUUUCAAUGUAGCCUGAGAAGCAUACGAGUCUGUCGUUUCGACUUUGUCGACGUCAAGAAGAUGUCGAUUUGGGGUGGUUUCUUCAGACACACCUGGACCACGUGAAUUUUGCUCAGGCAUGGUCAUAGCUGAAGUGUUCAGACUAUAAACCACUCUUUGAUAGCAAGAAUGCACCUUUCAACAGUUGCCAGAUUGGACCACAUUAUGAGGAAAUUUAACCCACACGCUGAAGAAGCCAGUUGUGCAGUUCCAAUCUUUGACCGCCAUGCGGUAUCCUGGUAUGUUGCGUUGUUCGAUGCUUCACUGAUGAAGAGAUGUAUGGUCUUGGAUUGGACGGCGUUAACACGUGUUGCCUAUCCCAGUGCAAUUGGCCAUGGUUCCGAGUGCCAUUGGCCAUUGGGUGAUGCUGUCAGAACUAAGUCCCAUGCUAUCAAUCAAUAAGCAAACCAUACCGGGAUGGGCAUCCUUGCGGCCGUUCGCCACAUGCUGCCAACGUCGCAGGUAUGACCCGCAUAUCCCAAAAACGUCUACGAUCGAUCGUCUACGGGAUGUGAAUGGUUUGGGGCCUGACUAAGCGUAUAGUAUCGUGGAUUAUCGUGGUGAUAUCUUCACAGAUCCGGACGGUGUGGGGGGGGGUAGGACGCUUAUCUAGGCCGCAGGACCACUGGGCAGGCGGGUGCACGUGUGCUCUCACCGAUGGAUGUUCCGUCCUCCAGGAACGGCUGGCGAUUCGGCGAGUGCUGCUGCAGGACCCGGAGGCACUGGAAAAAGCCAAGGUGGAGAUCGAUCUCUUGGGCAGUUUGUGCGACCAUCCGCACAUUGUUCACUUCCAGGGCGCCCAGAUCUUCCGAGGUUCGGGCGCAUCGGCUGAAGCCAUCUACAUCUUCGAGCUUUGUCCCGGUGGCACACUCCUGUCCCACCUGGAAGCGGCGAUGGAAGCGGGAGGGAAGAGAGACGCACGGACCACGCCGUACUGCUGUCCUUGUCUUGAAGAACAAGACAUCCUCGCGGUGCUAGGAGCAACUGCACAGGCUCUGGUGUACUUGACGCGUUUGGGCAUGAUCCAUUACGAUGUGAAGAGCGAGAAUCUGCUGUUGGGCAACGACGGCCUUUGGAAGUUGGGCGACUUCGGCUCGGCCAGCGAGAGGACCUUCGACCUGACCAACGCCGACAAGAAGGCACUUUGGGAAGCACAGGAGUUUAUCCAUGGGCGGUGCACGCCCAUGUUUCGCGCACCGGAGAUCGCGGACGUGUAUCUCCGAUGGAAGAUCGGCCCCAAGGUGGACCUCUUCGCCCUAGGCUGCAUUCUCUUCGCGAUGAUGACAGGACAGCAUCCCUUUCCCAUGGAGUCCACCUGCGGGAACAUCACGGCGAGUUAUCGGCUGCCGCCCGAGGCCAAGGAACACUACUCCUCCGCGGUGCUGACGUGGCUCCGGGGCCUCCUGGCGCGGUCGCCGGCGGAGCGGCCCACGGCGGUGCGGCUGUCCAGCGAGGUGGAGCGCUUUCGACUCUUGGGGGAGGAACCUCCAGUGGACGACCCGCAACCGGCCACGGCCGCCACGGGAGCGCCCACCGCGCCAGCAGCGCCAGACGCUGCGGCGUGGGAGGCGGAUUUCUCGGCCUUCGCGCCAGCUGUGCCGGAGGGGGAGGAGAGGUCCGAGCAGCCGGAGAAACCAGAAGAAGAUCCUGGUGAAGAGUCGCAGCCAUGAGAAGCCAAAA